GCAUGUUAAUUAAUCACACAGAAAAAAAUAAAUAAUAGUUAAAAAUGGGAGUGUACGUAGGAAAGUAUUGUUAUGUAAUGAUAAUAGUGUUGGUGUUGGGAAACGAAGUGAGAAGCCAAUUGUUAAAAAAUGGUUAUUAUUCAACUUCAUGUCCAAAAGCUGAGUCGAUAGUAAGAUCCACUGUUGAAUCUCACUUUGAUUCUGAUCCCACAAUUUCCCCUGGCUUGCUUCGGCUUCAUUUCCAUGACUGUUUUGUUCAGGGUUGUGAUGGUUCGGUUUUAAUCAAAGGGAAAUCUGCGGAGCAAGCUGCUCUACCGAAUCUUGGUCUAAGAGGGUUCGAAGUGAUCGACGAUGCGAAAGCCCGGCUCGAGUUGGAGUGUCCAGGAGUUGUGUCAUGUGCAGAUAUACUUGCACUUGCAGCUCGUGAUUCUGUUGACUUGAGUGAUGGGCCAAGCUGGCGAGUACCAACGGGUCGCAAAGACGGGAAAAUCUCGUUGGCAAAAGAAGCAUCGAAUCUACCUUCUCCACUUGACUCUGUUGCUGUUCAAAAGCAAAAGUUUCAAGAUAAAGGAUUGGAUACUCAUGAUCUCGUUACUCUACUCGGUGCACAUACGAUAGGCCAAACGGACUGUCUCUUCUUCCGUUACCGUCUAUACAACUUCACGGUGACCGGAAACUCCGAUCCAACCAUAAGUCCACCGUUUCUUACACAGCUCAAGACUCUCUGUCCUCCCAAUGGAGACGGUUCCAAACGUGUUGCUCUUGACAUUGGUAGUCCCUCAAAAUUCGAUGAAAGUUUCUUCAAGAACUUACGCGAUGGCAACGCUAUUCUAGAGUCGGACCAACGGCUUUGGUCAGACGCCGAGACAAAUGAAGUGGUGAAGAAGUAUGCGAGUCGUCUUAGAGGUUUGUUAGGGUUUAGGUUUGAUUAUGAGUUUGGUAAAGCUAUGAUUAAGAUGAGCUCCAUUGAUGUAAAGACUGACGUUGAUGGUGAGGUUAGAAAAGUUUGUUCCAAGGUGAACUAGUUUGAAUAAAAACAUAAACUAUAUGUAUUCUCUAUGUUUCAGAUUUUUAAUCACUCAAUGCAUGUUACGUAA